UCCAGGACAACCAGCACCGUGUUCUCACAGGAGCUCAACAUAGACUGGGAAACAUGGGUGUGACGCUGCUUGAGUCCCGACUUUGUCUCCUGCUGCUGUUGGGACUUGUCAUAAUGGUUGUCUCAUUCCGGCCCCCACCGGGUUUAACCCCUUCCCAGUGGUUUGAAAUCCAGCAUGUAAAUAACAGAACCACCCUCCUCUGUACUCCUGCAAUGCUGGUAGUUAACCGUUAUACAGGACAAUGCAAGGGCACAAAUACUUUUAUUCAUAAAAGUUUUUCUUCUGUUGUUCGUGUGUGUGGCAGAAGAAAUACUACUUGCCGUAACGGUCGUGCAAAUUGCCAUAACAGUAAACGGGUAUCUAUAACAUUCUGUAAUCUUACAACUCCAGCAAGUCAUUAUAGGCAAUGCGGAUACCAAACAACACGGAAACGGAGGUUCUACAGAAUUGCUUGUGACAACAGAUCUCCACAAGACAGUCGUACUUAUCCAGUGGUUCCAGUUCACUUGGAUGGGAUAUUUUAGCUCCAGUACCAGCCCUUUGUGCCGUCGUUCUGGAUCUGCUGCUUGCUGCUUGCACUAGAGAAGAGCCUAUACCUCUGUCUGUGCUCCUGUUGCCAUCUAUCCUGUGAAACCUGACCCUGAUUCCCUUCGAAUUUAGCUGAUCAGAUCUUUUCUACUCAAUAAACACCUUUGCAUACUCA